UGAUUUUUUACUUGGAAAUUAUAUCAGCCAUUUUUUCUGUAUUGAAAACUAGUGUAUUUAAAUGAAUAUGUAUGUAAAUGCAGGAAGAUGACUGAUUGUGUUUUAUAUAGAUUGCAAUUUUCUUAAGUUGAUAAAUGACAGUGACCUAAGUCUAAUACAUGGAAUUGCUCCACUAUGAACCAAUGCUGUGUAGCCAGUUACGAAGAUGAUACACAGAAAUGCAUAAUGAAUUCACAAUGUUAUCCUUCAACAGAGCGAUCUAAAGGAAUGUCUGUUAUUCAAAGGCUUGAAUUACCAAAAUGCCCUUUACUAGAAAGCAACACACUUCAACUAUUGGAUUGCAAUGAUCUUCCUGAAAUUGCAUUAAGUGGUGUGUACACAGUUUACCCCGACAACUCAGCUUCAAUGAAAGUGUACUGUGACAAGACUAAUGACUCUGUUGGUUGGACGGUUGUACAAAGAAGAUUUGACGGAAGUGUGUAUUUUUACAGAGACUGGGAAAGUUAUAAAAAUGGUUUUGGUGACAUAGGCGGAGAAUUCUGGCUAGGUAAUGAAAAACUUCAUAUACUUACAUCUAGAAGGCCCUAUAUGGUACGAUUCGACUUUGUGGAUCUGUCAAACGAGAAAGCGUAUGCCACGUACUCUGAAUUUAGUGUUCAGAAUGAAAGCUCUAAUUAUAGACUCCACAUAUCUGGUUAUGAAGGAACUGCAGGCGACUCAAUGACGGAUUACAGAUGGAACAGUCUUAAUGGAAGGAUGUUUACUACUAAAGACCGAGAUAAUGAUAUUAGAGAAGGGGACAAUAGUGCAACAAAGUUUACCAGAGGUGGCUUUUGGCAUGGGAAUGGUUUGAAUGGGAAUAUCAAUGGCUUGUACCAGCGUUAUGGAAAUAGGAAUCAUAGAAUGACAUGGAGAACAUGGAGAUGGACAACAUUAAUAAGGAGUACUCGAAUGAUGAUUAAGCCUACCUGUUCUUCUAACUGAAUCAACAUUUUAAAUAGGACUUAUUUAGACAUAAAAGAUGCGUGUGGUUUUUUUUUCUAUAGAAGUUUAAAUUGUUAUUGACUUAUUUGUUGUUAUUGUUAUCAUAGUUGUGAAAACCAAAAGUGUAUUUUAAAGAUUGCAACAUUUCAUAUUGGUUAUAAGGAAAAUUAUGAUGAAUUUCUUAAUGUGAUUAAAUUGUAUCCUA